AUGCCUAGAGAAUGCUCACUACCAUGUAGUUGUCAGCUUAUCCCAGCUGCACGCUACUACCCCCUACGAUUCCACGUUGUACGAGCCUUGAAUCUCCUCUCAGAAGCUACCGGUACAUUCAUCCCGCUUCUUCCAUUCAUAUUGGAGGUUCUCCAGCAAACAGAUUUCAACAAGAAACAUUCCAUUGCUAGCUUCAAACCCCUCAACUUUGCUGUGAUGUUACGGCUUUCAAACUCACAGCUGAAAGAGAGAGCUUUCAAGGAUGGAGUAAUGGAUCAGGUAUAUGAUCUUCUCAUAGAGCAUCUUCAGGUUCAUUGCCAUCGUAUCGGCUUCCCUGAACUAGCCCUUCCUGUUGUCUUAGAGUUGAGAACGUUCCUGAAGAAAUGCAAGGUUGCCAACUUUACUCGUCAGAUGAAGCAGUUCUUGGAUAAAGUCUUGGAGAAUUGCCAAGAGAUAACAAAGAGGAGAGAAAAGGUUUCAUUCGGACUAGCAGACGACAGAGCAGUUAAGGCAUGGGAGAUGAAGAGUCGAGAGCAAGGAACGGCCAUCUUGAAAACCUAUGUGACCUACAAGAAGCUUAGAGAAAGAGAAUUGAAACACGAGGAAGCAGGCAAAGAAAGACUUGUUGACGAUAAGAUUCCCACAAUGACUCAGAGCAAGAAGAGGAAGCUAGAGAGCAAGAUGGAGAUGAAGGACCUCUUCAAGAAGGACGUCGGAUCAGACGACGAGGAAGAUCUCUUCAAGAGGGUGGAGCGCAAGCAGAAGAGGUUGCAGGAGCGUCCAAAGAAGAAGGGAAAGUACAGUGAUGGUGACGAUGAAGACGAUGACGAUGACCUGGAAGAUUUAGAUGAAGAGGACUUUGCUGAUUUAAGUUAUGAUGAUGAUGAGGAAGAGGGCGAUGAGGAUGAAGAUGUUGAAGACCAGUCAACGUCAAAGGACUCUUUGAAGAGGUCGUCAAAGAUAGCAUCCAAACCCAGGAAAGAGGACAUCUGGGAGGGUGGCGAUGACCAGGACGAUGUGGUAGAGGACUUUUCAAUGUGGUCCGAUGAGGACGACGAUGUGAAAGGAAAGUCAAGGCCAAGUAAAAAGACCUCCAAAUCAUCAAAGGGUAAACCUAAAGGUGUCCAACAAGCUCUGAAGAAAUCGCUAAAGUCUCAGAAGAAGAAGAACAAGAAGAAAGUCAACAAGAAAAGCUAGAGGAUGUGUUGGUUUGCAGUUGACAAAACCUCUAAUAUAACUGUUGUAACUUUGCCAUUAUGGCAGUUACCAUGGAAAUAAUACUGGGCAGCCAAUCGUAAUCAAGGUUUGUGUGGUAGUUGCCAUAAUGGCAAGGUUGCUCUAGUUGUAACUCUUUAUGAAACGGACCCUUAGGCCUUGUAACAUGAAGCUUAGAUUAUUCAUGGGUGGACCAACUUCUAUGAUUGAUUGUAUUUUGUAUGGUCAAUUAUAAAAAAUUAGCCCCAUGAUCAAUCACAAAGCUUUGUUACUUGGCCUGGGUUCUCUUUUUCAAUCUUCUUUUUAUCAGACUGAAUUAAUUUCCACUUUUACCCAAUUUAAGUGAUCAAUCGUCCAGUUUAUUUGUAUGCUUGAUGAUCCAUGCACUGGCGGAUCCAGGGGGGGAGGGGCAAAGCCGGCCCAUGCCCCCCCCCCCCACUUUUGAGAGGCACAAUUAAAAUUUGUAAUGUAAAAAUGCUGUUAAAACUGAAGUGUCCCCCCCCCCCCCCCCGAAUACUUUUUUUUCUUGUCAAAUUUUUCCUCAGGAAAAUGUGCCCCCCCCCCUUUUGGAAAUCCUGGAUCUGCCCCUGCACAUGAUCUAUGCUAAGGUUUUUGUUACGGGGGCCUUGGUCGUAGGCUAGCAUGAAUGAAUGAAAUAGCCCAAGAGGUGAUACGCAAGUCUUCCAUCAAAGUAUAAUAAUAUACUUUAAGAUCCCCUGUAUAAAUCAAUUAACUUCAUGACUGACAAGUAAAUUGAUGUAGUAAUAUAAAGACAAAUAAAAAUUGAUCAAUAUUUG